CGCAGGGGCCGGGGGACGCCUGCGCAGUGCAGCCGCUCGGCUCCGCUCCGCUCCCGCUGCCUCUCCCUCCUCUCCCUCCGGUGCCGAGCCCGGAGGCAGCGCAGAGGCGGCGGCCGGGGGGCGGCGGGGCGGUGGCGGAGGCAGCAGCGCGGAUGCCCGGCCCGCUCCAUCCAGGAGGCGGCAGGGACGUUAGCCGGGGGCUCUGGGCACGGCUCCCCCACGGGCUGGCAGCGCUGGAGAGCAGCAGCAGAACGCCCCGAGCACGACCCAACCCCGUCCACCGUGUAUGAGGCUGGGACGCAGCACGCAGGACCCGCGUCCGCAGAGACCUCCCUUCCGAUGUCCCGGCAUGAGACUUCUCCGGCCACGGUGCAACCUGCCAGCAACCACCGCCCCAACGCCUGCUGCUUCUGCUGGUGCUGCUGCUGCAGCUGCUCAUGGAACGAGGACCGGGAGCGAGCGUGGAGGGCAUCCCGGGAGACCAAACUGGAGACCAUCCCAAACUGUGAAGCAUGCAGCAAGCCCACGCCGGAGGAGGUGCGGGGCUGGGCGCAGUCCUUCGAGAAGCUGAUGAAGAGCCCUGCCGGCCGCAACGUCUUCCGCGAGUUCCUGCGGACCGAGUACAGCGAGGAGAACAUGCUCUUCUGGCUGGCCUGUGAGGAGCUCAAAACAGAGUGCAACAAGCACACCAUCGACGAGAAGGCCAGGAUGAUCUACGAGGACUACAUCUCCAUCCUCUCACCCAAGGAGGUGAGCCUGGACUCGCGGGUGCGGGAGGUGAUCAACCGCAAGAUGCAGGAGCCGUCCUCGCACACCUUCGACGACGCCCAGCUGCAGAUCUACACCCUGAUGCACAGAGACUCCUACCCCCGCUUCCUGAACUCUGCCAUCUACAAAUCCCUGCUCCACAGCCUCUCCCGCUCCUCCUCCGAGUCCUAAGGGCGGCAGGGAAGGCUUUGGCGGGGCCGGGCUGGCCGGAGGGGAGCGCUCGGAGCCUCCUCCCCUCUCUGCCCUGCCAGCUCCAGCUCCGGUUUUUAGCUUUUCACCUACGAAGCAGCAGCUCUGCCUUCUGGGGCAGCCCCCGGGACUGUCCCCGGGGCUGGUGGCACCCAGGGCAGCACAGGAGGGCUGGCUCUUAACUACUGAACCCCUGCCCCGUGCCGGGGGGGUGCCCAGAGCCGGGCUCCCCCUGCACCUCCGUCUCGAAGAGGUCACUUUAGCUCCUCUCCACCGCACCCCGGGGCCGUGGCAUCGUCCCCGGGUCCCACCUCAGCCCCGCUCGCUGGGGCCUGGCUUGGGUUGAGGGUGGGGUUUGGGGUGGGGGGAGGUCGAUUGGUGUCGGUUUGGUUGAUUUUGGAACUUUUUAUUUUAAAUGCCUUUUCCACCCCCCCCCCCCCCCCCCUUCUUUUUCCUUCCCCGGGUUGGCUUUGACUGGAGGGGAGGGGGGAGGGGAGGGGGCAGGGGGUUGAGGAGCGGCACUGUACAUAAAAGCCUGGUCAGGUUUA